AUGGCUCCAAAAGUCGUCGACACCACUACAAGUGAUACUGCCGUUACCUUUACUGAGAAGGAAAUGUUUAUGCUGGCCUCCGCAUGGCAGUGCAUGUCGGAGCAGCCGAAGAUCGAUAUGGACAAGCUCGCGAAGAUUUGCGGAUAUACCGCCGGAUCCUGUUCGGUCACCUUUGGCAAGCUUAAGCGUAAGAUCAAAGCUUUAGGAGAUUCAAACAGCGAUAUCACCGCAGCUCCUCCAUCUACACCAAAGUCAGGCGGUCGAAAGCGCAAGCCUAAGGAGAACGAGGGCGAGGAGUCGCCAACGAAGAAAGUUCGCAACGUGAAGGCUCCUGCAAAGGUUGACCCUGAGGAGGAGAGCCCGGAGCCCGAAGUCAAGGACGAAAGUCACUAG